AUGGCCUGCUGUUUGGGGUCCACGCUGCUACUGCUGCUACUGGGGUCGGCGAGCUCCGCAGAAAGGAACCGCUGCUUGGACGCGGCGGAGGCGUGUACAGCAGACGCGCGAUGUCAGCAGCUGCGAACCGAGUACGUGGCGCAAUGCCUGAGCCGGGCCGCGUCGGGGGGCUGUCCCCGCGCCCGCUGUCACCGCGCCCUGCGCCGCUUCUUCGCCCGUGGGCCGCCCGCGCUCACCCACGCGUUGCUUUUCUGCCCUUGCGCGGACCCCGCAUGCGCCGAGCGCCGGCGUCAGACUUUCGUGCCCGCCUGCGCCUUCUCCGGACCCCGGCUGGCACCGCCCUCCUGCCUCGCGCCCUUGGAUGCCUGCGAGCGCAGCGUGGUCUGCAGGCCUCGCCUCCUGGCCUACCAAGCUUCCUGCGCGCCCGCCCCCAGCGCCCCCGACGGCUGCCUGCUGGGCCAGGGACCCCGCUGCCUGCGUGCGUACGCAGGCCUCGUGGGUACCGUCAUCACCCCAAACUACAUGGACAAUGCGAGCGCGCGCGUGGCGCCCUGGUGCGACUGUGGAGCCAGCGGAAACAGGCGCGAAGAGUGUGAAACCUUCCUGGGGCUCUUUACACGGAACCGCUGCUUGGAUGGUGCCAUACAAGCCUUUGACAGUGAGUGGCCUGCAGUCCUUCAGAAGCAGCUGGACCCUCACCAGGACCCUGGGCACAGCUUCCUGCAGGUGCCCUCUGAAGAGCAGCCCCUGGAGGGGAGCUUCCUGCUGGCCAUCCUCCCUGUCCUGGCUCUCCAGGCCCUGUCUGACUAG